GAUUCAUACCCGCGAUCUAUGUCGUUUAUCGGAAGACGAGCAAGUUCUGGACGCUUCGCCAGGGACUCUCUAGUCAAUAAUGACUUAGUCCAUUCAAUUAAUCCUGAAGUUUAUCAGCGUAAAUAUGUUUUCGAAGUUGCUUGGGAAGUAGUCAAUAAAGGUAAGACUCGGCAUAUGAAGCUUUGUUUUGUCGUUUCUCAAAAAGUUAGAAAAUUUCUUAUCUGCUUCAUAUUACACAUUUUUCAGUUGGUGGAAUAUAUACUGUCAUUCGCACUAAAGCCGCAUCCACGGUUGAGGAACUUGGUGACCGUUAUAUUUUGAUAGGACCUCUGAACGAAGUAUGUAUGAGAACCGAGGUCGAUGUUGCUGAACCAAGUAACGAGGCACUGAAACGGACCAUCAAGGCUAUGCGUGAUCAUGAUAUUAAGAUCGUUUUCGGUCGGUGGCUUAUCGAGGGUUAUCCAAAUGUUGUCCUAUUUGAUAUCGGGUCUUCUGCUUGGAGGAUUGAUUCAUGGAAGAAAGAGUUAUGGGAGUCUUGCAACAUCGGCGUCCCGGUUCACGAUAGUGAGUGUAACGAUGCUGUCAUUUUUGGCGGACUUGUUGCCUGGUUUUUGAAAGAAUUUGCUGAAAAUGCACAAGAAUUAGAAACGGAUCCUCAACCGCCAAUAAUUGCACAUUUUCAUGAAUGGCUGACAAGCAUUGGCCUAAUAUUUUCACGUACACGUCAUCUACCAGUUGCUACUGUGUUCACCACGCAUGCAACACUUUUGGGCGUUACUUAUGUGCAUCUUCCGUUGACUUGUAUAACCAUCUUCCGAAGUUUGAUUUGGACAAGGAAGCUGGUGAUCGAAAUAUUUAUCAUCGAUACUGUCUUGAACGUGCCGGUGUUCACUGUGCGCAUACAUUUACAACAGUUAGUAAAAUUACUGGAUUAGAAAGUAAAUAUCUUUUACGAAGAGAACCAGAUGUCAUCACUCCGAAUGGUCUUAAUGUCAUUAAAUUUGCUGCUCUGCAUGAAUUUCAAAAUCGUCAUGCAUUGGCGAAAGAAAAGUUGAAUCAAUUCAUUCAGGGACAUUUCUAUGGGCAUUAUGAUUUUGAUCUUGAUAAGACCUUGUACUUUUUUAUUGCUGGUCGUUAUGAAUUCCAGAACAAGGGGGCUGAUGUAUUUAUUGAGUCACUGGCUCGUCUCAAUCAUCACCUAAAACAAGCUCAGACUGAUGUCACUGUUGUCGCAUUUCUCAUCUUUCCGGCCCACACAAAUAGUUUUAAUGUGGAUUCUUUUCGCGCUCAAGCUAUUGUAAAACAAUUACGUGAAACAGUGAACUCAAUUCAAUGUGAGAUGGGGCAUCGCUUGUUUGAAGUAUGUCUUCGUGGACGUAUUCCUCAAGGAACUGAUAUACUUACUCAGGGUGAUAUAUAUCGACUUAAACGUUGCAUAUACGCAACACAACGAAAUAAUUUACCUCCUAUUUGUACACACAAUGUUGUUCAAGAUAACAUCGAUUUAGUGUUAUGCAAUUUACGCCGAUGCCAAUUAUUUAACGAUCGUCACGAUCGUGUUAAGGUUAUUUUCCACCCGGAGUUUUUGAGUUCUACUAAUCCACUAUUGCCUAUGGAUUACGAAGAAUUUGUACGAGGCUGCCAUUUAGGUGUAUUUCCCUCCUACUAUGAACCAUGGGGUUAUACACCAGCUGAAUGCACUGUAAUGGGUAUUCCCUCUGUAACCACUAAUCUUUCUGGAUUCGGUUGUUUCAUUGAAGAGCAUGUAGAAGAUCCUAAAUCUUAUGGUAUAUACAUUGUUGAUCGUCGUUAUCAAAGUUGUGAAGAAAGUAUUCAACAGUUAACCAAGCUAUGAUGGUCAUGUACCCUAACCGAUAUGAACAGUUUAGAGUCAGUUAUUUAGCACAUGAUACACGUGUGGCUUCUUAAAUCAUUGUUUGCACUGAUGAAUAAUAAAAGAAAACUUUCAUAAGCUUCAAAAACAUAAUAAGAAGCUGGCUUUUUCCCACCUUUAAAAGUGAUUAGUAACGGUAAAGGAUAAAGCAGACAAAGCUUGGGAUCCUGAUGUUGAUUUAUGUCGAAUUCCCAUUUAAACACUAUAGGAAGUAUUCCAGGAACAUGCUUUGCUAUUCCAGUGUUUGUUGUGAUCCAUGAUCACAAGUUUAGGUGGAAUAUAAAGACAGUUCUGGGUCCAGUGGUUCAGCGGUAGAACGGUCGUCAACCACGGUUUUGGUUCGAGGUUGGAUCCUCGGUCAAGGCACUCCUGUACCUCACUAAGUCGGUAGUAGGGCGGGCAAAGAGGGAUGGUAGGGUGUGAAGCUAGCAACUUCAACCCGUAAAAAUAAAACACCUUUGGUACUGACACUUCAAAGCUCCAGCUUGAAGGCCUAUAUUUCACUCGGGACGUAAAGGAAUAAAAAAAUAAGGGCAGUUCUAGAGUCCACUGUAUUCUAUCAGAUAAAGAAAGAUUAAUUACCAAAUCUCAGUUUUUUUAAUCACCUUCAACAUAAAUCCUAAUUAUACAGAAUACCCUUUUUGCAGUUAAAAUUAAAAAAACUCUUCGGUUAUAAAACAUGUGUCCUACGUUGUAUUACUAAUUUGAUAUGCUUAUGAAUAGUAAAUGUCGCCAGCAUCAGUUGCUAUAUUUCUCUGCCCAAUGUCACAUAAAGGUGAUGCACAAUAAUAUGUAUUAAUUUGUUUUUUAGUUUUUGGAAGGCGGAUUUCUAUAAUUUUGUUUUAAUAGACUAAUGGCUGAACUGAAUGACAAAAGUUGUGUCAGUUCACCAUAGGUGUCUUCAUUUAAUCGUUUGCGUUAGUUGGAGUACACUGAUAGGUUACAGUAAAGUUAAAUGCAGGCUGUUAAAUCAGUGGUUAAAUCAGUUGUGAAGCUUUUUCGAUUGAAGUGAUUGGAACAUGUGUUAUGCAUGCUGAACCACCUCUUUCCACAAAAAAUAUUGUUAGUUGAAGUUGAAAACGAGUAAGUAGUGGUUAGAUGAAAAUGUGACACCAAUUCACGAAGUCUAUGACUAUUGGCUUGAGCUGCAUUUAGAGGUAUGAUUUACCUGUCUAAAGUGUUCUAGAGAUUGACAGUCACUGAUUCCAUAGCCUUGGUGAUAUGAUUAAUAAUCAGUUAUAAUGACACAGAAGCAUUUAUAUCUUGUUACUAUCCAUAGUCUGAAAAUUUUAAAUAUUCUUCAACUCAUUAUUCUUCCGGUUCGUGUGUUAUGAUAUCAUCAUGUUUCUGUUACUUUAUUUUGUGUGCUUUCCAAAGUAUGCUAGCUUGAGCUGCUACACUUCUAUGCGAAGCUCAUAGUUGAUCCGUCAGCCGCACUUUUACUCUUCAGGAUUUUGAUGGUAAGGUGGUUUUAAUCCAGAUUCUUGAAGUAUCAAUUCUUCUUAGCAUCCUGAAUACACCAUCCAGAGAAUUUACUUGCCGUUAUGUAACUGAUUCAAUUCAACCGUCCGUAAACUUCAUAGAAUGGUGUUAUUUUUUGACCCGAUCAUCCCCAGUAUUUUUUAACUUAGAAUUACUUCAGCUACCAUCGUGUAUCAAUGCACGAUUAUGGUUUGAUAUGUUUAGUAUCUGUGACCGAGUGAUGGAGUUUUUAAAGUAGGACUUUACGCAGAAGUGCAGCAUUUCAAGUUGCCAUAAUCCACAUAAAACACAAAAGUAGCGAAAAAUAGAAGUUCAAAGAAACUAUAAUGAACCGAAAUUUGUGGGCAAAAGCAUGAUUACAUGGAGAAACAUGAAGAAUUAAUGGGUCUGGGCAAUUGCAAAUAGUGAAUGCAUUUGUACCAUUAAGAACGAUUCUGACCCAUAUCACUAAGACUCUACAACCACUCAAGGUUCCCAGCUAGACAGUCUACACCUCUCAAAUUAACGGUCUGAAACUUCAUGGAUUGAUGAUAGCUUUUCAUAUGACCAUUCGUAACUCUUUCCAAGCCUUAGCCUAUGACAGAUAGCAUUACUCGACAAAGAAGAAACGACCUUGCAUGUGUACCACGUGUUCUAACCAUUUCAGUCGAUAUAGAUUCACAACUUCAUCGAUUCACUUGCCCUCCUUAUCAAAACUUUAUGUCCAGCUGCAGUAUUAGCCACCAAAUUACACCUUUUAACACAAGAACUGGAACGCAAACAUCUGUAGCCAAAGACACCUGGUCUAUCUAUAACUUUUCUUUCCACAGUCAUGUCUCACAUCCAUAAAGAAUGAAAAAGCAAACUGCUGCACGGUACACACUUCCUUUAAUUUAUACCCAGGGAUGUCGUAAGUGGGAAAACCCCACACCAGUCUUUUGUAUCAUUUGUAAAGUCCACAAUCUCACCUGUUCAUCAACCGUCGUCUCUGAUAAUACAUUCAAUUUUGAUAUUAUUCAUUACUAGGUUCGAAUGACACAUAUAUUCGAAAGUUUAUAUUUUCAUAUAUCCUGCCUUUCGCAUCAACUAGCAGUGUGUAUAUAAAGUAAAAUUCACACACUUAUAGAAAUAAUACUAAUAGUUUUUUGAAUAUAAAAAUUAUUUAGUUAGUAAAAAUUGAACAGAAAAGUAUCUCCAAGAUAUAUUCCUAACGUAGUUUUUAAUUUUUUUUCCUCUGAACUCAGUACUUAAUGGAAUUCUGCCAAUACUCACGACGUCAGCGUGUAGUUUUGAGAAAUCGUACUGAACGAUUGAGUGAAUUACUGGAUUGGAAAAAUCUGUCAUCGUAUUAUAGACGUGCUCGGCUAAUGGCUUUGAAAAGUUUUGCUCCUGAAUUAUUCACAGCUAACAACAAUGAUGAUGCAAUGUCUUCGCGUAGUUUCCAUGUCAGUCGACCGUAUUCAGCACCUGCAUCUCCAUCAAUUUCUGGUCAGUCAACACCGUUACCAAGUGCUGGUGCCUACAGUUCUGGUCGUAGUAGUCCUAUAUCUCAUUUAGAUACUGAUGAGGUUGAUGAUGAUACAGAGCGCAUUGAAUUAGGUCUUAGAACAAUUGAAAUAGGAGGCGAUAGUGUUACCGCGUAAGAAAAAAAGUAGAAGAACAAAUAAAAUAACAUUUCUGUAUGCCUAUUUGAUAUGUACUUUAAUAGUUCAUUUUAUUUCUUUUCUGUCAGUCUAUUAACUUUACAGUAGUAUUUGUGCCAAUUCAUACAAAUAAUUCCCUAUCUACUUCCACUGAACUCAUCAUAAUUUUCUUUUCUUGAUUAUUAUCAUGAAGGAUUUGAUUUCAAGCGAAGUUGUAUGAUAAACGCCAUCAUUUAUACACUUUUGAUCUCGAUUAAUAUAUGUACCUUUUUUUCUUCUGGCAUAUGAUCAGGUCCCCUAAAUACACACACACACACACACAUAACCCUUAUUCAAAGAAUAAAAGUGUAUUAAAUCAUGAUUUUAUUAUGAAUACCUUUCAUUCAUUGUUGUCCUAAUCGCAAUCACUUGCGUAUCGUGUAUUGCCAAACCUAGUCGUGAUUUUUUUUUGACUUUCGACUUUGAUUUUAAAUAUCCAUGUAUUUUGAUUUGCUUUUUCUUGUUCUCAUCUCAUGGUUUUGCACUAAUUCUUUGCUAUUCAUUGUUUGUCUCUCUCACCAAAUGUGAUUCUACCGAUUUACUGACUCACGAACACACACACACACAUACAUUGUAUGAUUUCUUCUUUAUUUUACUAAGAUCCCAGUGCAACAAUCACCGUUGACUUUGUAUUUCUCAUUGAUAAUAGUGCAAUCUCAGUCUACAAUGCCUGUUACUUUUUUCUUUUAUUAUUAUGUAUUCUAUUUUAAUAUUCUUAUCUUCUGUUAUUAGUAAUAUAUUAGUUGUUUUUCUUUCUGGAGUAUCAUACAACACAUAAUCAUUAUUCCUAGCUUAGGUUAUCAAACUAAUACUGAUUGAUACUACUGAUAUUAAAACCUUUACAGAAAACACUUUUGUUUGUCGUGUUUCUGCAAUGAUGUGUGUGUGUGUGUGCGUCAUGUGUAACGAGUUAUCCUAUUCUGUAUUUCUCUAUCAUCUUCUACUAGGGAAUCAUUAUUACACUUUGUUUUGUUUUGGCUUAUAUGAAAAAACAACUUGUCCAUCUUGUGUUUUUUGUUUUGUUUUGUACAAGAAAUUUUACCGCUACACCCCUACGCCAUUGCAUGACGUUUCCUCUUUAGAUAUUCGUUGUUUUUUCCACACAAAAUCUCUUGCUAUUUUGUUGAGUUGUACUUAUCUGUCAUGUAGUCUACAUUUAGAAACAAUAAUAUUUUUU